AUGAAAAGUGUAUAAAAGCCAACGCAGAUCUCAGCAAUGACUAGGCAAUUUUCUGUAUCUAAAGAUAUGGGAAAUUUUUCUAUGUAAUCUCCGGAUAAAUAAAUCUAUUGCCCAAAAACAUAAUCAUAAGCCAAGAUUCAAUAAUAUGGUCCAUCCCCUUAUAUAUAAUCACCUCAAUUUGAUGCUAAAUAAGUAAGUUAAAAUAACAUUAUGAUUUAACCUUCUCCGCCUUAAAAAUUAGAAAAUUCCUAUCAAUACAAACCUAGUAUAAAAAAUGGGUCAAUUACAAAUGAUAUCUUUAAACCAAAUAACCAAUAAGAAGCUAUUAAAUCUUAGAAUGAAUUUAAGCCUUCCUAUGAAACUUAUAAAUAUGAGUACAACAAAACAUUUGCUGGAACUUUUUAAAGUGAUGCAAAUAAAGAAUAAAUAACUGAAAGAAAAAGCAAUACCUCAAAAAAAGAUGGAUCUACUCAUAUUGAUUAAAAGGAAAAUUACUAACAAUUUUAGGCAAAGUCUCCAUUCACAGACAAUCAUCCAACCGUGGGCAACAGCAGAUUAUCUUCACAAAAUAUUAACCUAAUGUAAUCUAAACCAAAGAUUUAAACUGAAAUUUAUCGAAUUUCAGGUGCUUUGAGAGAUUUAAUGUCCUCUAUCCAGAAGAUGAUGGGUGAUGGUAAACUACCAGAUUAAAUUAAUGAUAAAAUGAUUGAAAUUUUAGCAAAUUUUAGAAAAUUAGAAGAAAUAGCUAAUAGUGAGCCCAUGCCUGCAUCAGAUAAUGAUUCAAAGAUUUCCACAAUGGCUGAAGAUUAUAACAAAUUAAAAACUAUUUUGGAGUAAUUACAAACUAAAAUGACUGCAUUAGUUUAAGAGAAUUAAAAAUUAAAUAAAAAUUUAAUUGAAUAAGAACAAAAAGUAACUGAGGAAAUUAAGAAAAAAUUAUUAGCUGAGGAAAAGGCAAAUCAAGCCAAUAAAGAAUUUAAUCGAGUCUUUGAAUGCCUUCAAAUAAAUUAAAAGGAAAAUGAAGAACUAAAAAAUAAACUUAUUUCAUAAGAUAGCUUUAAGAAUUUAUCAAUUUAAACUAGUAAUAGAGUUUAAAUGGAUGAAAUUAAUAAUUAUAAAAUGAAAAAUCAAUAACUCCAAAAUGAACUUGAAUAAUUAGAAAUGAAAUAUAAGCAAUUAUUAACAGAGAAGAAUAAUUAAAAAGAGAUCCCUAAGUCACCAUCAAUCCUUAAAUCAAUCCAUUCGAGUAGUACAAAGUAAUCAGAAUAAUUGGAGUUAAAAUUACUUUAACUUUAAAUAGAGAAUGACAAUUUAAAAGCAGAAAUGGCUCAUAAUCAAGUGGACUCUAAAGUCAUAGACAGCAAGAAUGAUAUGAUUUAGAAAUUGGAAGACAAAAUUAAAUCAAUUCUAAAAGAAAAGAGUAUAUCUGAGGAGUAAUCCAUAUAGAUUUGCCAUAACCUUGAGAUUAUGAAUGAGCAAUUAAAGAAUGGGCUUUAAAACAAAGAAAGCGAAGUAUCAAGCCUAUUAAAAUAAAAAAAUGAGUCAGAAAGGGAUCAUAGAAAUUAGAUUAAUUACUUAAAUUAAAUGUUAAAAGGAACAGAGGAUAAGGUUUAGGUAGCAAAGCAAGAUUACUAAAAACUAUUAGAUGAAUUUAAAUAAAUUGACCUUAGAAAAAGUAAGUUGCAAGAAGAUUUAAGGAAUUCUGAAAAGAAACUUGAUUAAUUAAAUCAAGAAUUAGCCUUUACAAAAGGGGAAUUAAAGAAAUCUAGUGAUAGAAAUCAUUAGUUUUAAGCAUAGCAUGAUCAAAUGAAUUAGUAAUUAUAACAAUAAUCAUAAUUAUAAUAACAAUUACUUUAACAAAUUGAUGGAUUAAAAUAAAGUGAAUAAUAAAUUAGAAUGGAAUAUGAGAAACUUGAAAAAUAAAUGUAGGCUGUAAAAUCUGAGAUGAAAUAUCAGGUUACAGAAUUAAAUGAGAUGAUAUCAUUGCAAGCAAGAAAAACAUAAGAGAAGGAAAGAUAACUCAAUGAAUUAAUUGAAGAAAUGGGUGGAAUGAGAGAUUAAUAUGAAGUCUAAAAGAAAGUCUGCCAAGAAAAUGUAAAUGAUCUUGAAAGAAGAUUAAAAAAUUAAAGACUGCAAUAAGAAGAACUUCUAUAAGUGAAAGAACAAGAAAUUCUGGACUUAAAAUAAACAAUGGACUAACAAAUAAAAAUGUUAGAUAAGAGAAAUGCCUUAUCCUCCUUUGACUACGAUUAACGGGAAUAACAACUCUAAGCAGAACUUUUGAGUAAGAAUGAUUAAAUUGAGGGUUUGAAAUCAGAGGUUGAGAAGGUGAGAAGCAAUAAUUUUAAUAUUCAAGAAGAAUUAUUAAGAUAAGGAAUGCAAUUAAAUCAACAUUAAGCUACUAUUGCCAAUUAUAAAAAUGAGUUGACUCAAUCUAGAUAAGAAUAACAACAUUUAAGUGAGAUGUUAAAAAAGAGAAAGGAAGAAACAGAGUAAUUGCAUUAAAAUUUGGAAGAGAUGAGGAGAGAAUUGUAAAGCAAGAAAAUGUCUGAUGAUAGCAGGAGAUCAGUUUUGAGACAAUAGGAUCUUUAGAUUGCUUUAGAAAAUCUAUCCAGAGAGAAUUUGAGUUUACAAUAAAAAAUAAAUGGAUUGUCUAAUGAAAUGAAUAGAAAAUCAAGAGAACUGUCUGAAAGAAAUGAAGAAUAUCAAAUAUUAAAAAGAAAGUAUGAUGAAACUGUUGCAAAUUUGGAACGACUAGAGAAGAGAUGGGGAGAAAAGAUAGAUUUACAUAGAAAAAAUUGA